CCGACGACUACUUUGAUGCUGGAUACCAUGAUAUACGCACUGCGUAACUCCGCGAUGCAUGUUUCCCCAGCGCAACUCAUGUAUCGGAUUCGCAUCCGGACUUUGCAUGAGUGCGAGUGCGAAUACCGUGAUGGCUUUACGCACGCUAAAUAAGCGAAAAUAGGAACAGGAAAUCGCGGCGUUCGGUCUUUGAUGGCUCCGCUCCCUAUUCUACUGCAGUGCGUCAACAAUGUCGCUUCUUGAAGACAUACCACGACCCGAGAAUGGCUACUAUGUUCUCGUCACUGGGGCCAACAGCGGCCUGGGGCUCGGCAUCUGCGCGCGCAUGAUCGACGAGUUCCUGCAGACGCGUCCUCAGACAGAAUCCCUUGUCCUCAUCGUCACCACCCGAGACAAAAAGAAAGGCGACGCCACAAUCGAGACACUCGAAGCACAUCUGCGCAAAGUCUGCCGCCGGCAUGAACGUACACUACCGGGCGUCACUCAGCUAUUACAAGGGCGCAUACAUAUUAGGCAGGAGCGAUUGGAUCUGCUGAGCCUGGUCUCGGUGCAGAAACUAAGCAGGAAGCUGCACGAGACCACCCCGAAGCUCGAUGUUGUCAUCUGCAACGCGGGUAUUGGCGGCUGGACAGGCAUAAAUUGGCCUCUGGCCGUCUGGAGCAUCCUGACACGAUGGAAGUCUGCUGUCACCUGGCCCACCUUCAAGAUGUCCGGCAAGGGAUGGCUAGCUAAGCCCCAACUGCCGUCCAAAGACGGGAAGCCGCGCGAUGAGCCUGCUUUAGGUGAGGUGUUUUGUGCCAACGUCUUUGGACACUAUCUGCUGGGCCACUACCUUGCGCCGCUGCUUGCAAGACACCCCAGCAGCGAAGACACCAGAGGCCGACUGAUCUGGACAAGCAGUCUGGAGUCAUAUGAACAUACUCUGAACAUGAACGACAUCCAAGGAAUUCUUUCUGAAGAUGCAGCUUAUGAGUCGUCGAAGCGGCUGACAGAUGUGAUGGCUAUUACAUCCAGACUUCCAGUGACGUCCAACAGUGUAGAUCAAUACCUCGCCGUAUCCGACACAUCCACCAAGACCACGAGGCCUCUGAUAUACUUGACUCAUCCUGGCAUCACUGCAACCCCCAUUUUCCCGCUGCCUCUCAUACUCACUUACGCCAUGACCGCCGCUUUCUAUAUUGCUCGGUGGCUUGGCAGCCAAUGGCACCCUAUCACGGUUGAGAAAGGCGCUGUCGCCAUGGUGUGGCUUGCACUUGCUAAGCAGAGUACACUUGACAUAAUGGAGGAGAGGGAAGGCGUGGGGAAAUGGGGCAGUGCGACUGAUUUCUGGGGUCAAGAGCGCGUUGAGCGGACCGAAGUGUCCGGCUGGGGCUGGGGAGGCAGGCUAGGCGAGCAGAAGCGAAAAGGAAGAGAUCCAUUUGCAAAGGAUUUUACGAAAGAGGACAGGGAAAGGCUCGAGGACAGCGGGAAGAGAUGUUGGGAGCAAAUGGAGGCGCUGAGAUGUGAGUGGGAGGACCGGCUCAGGCAUGCUGGUGUUGCGGUCGAGAUGGAAUAAGCCUCAACUCACAACGUCCAGUGGAAUGUACGAAAUAGGCUCCUCUAAGCCCCUGUACUACAUCCAAUCAACGAUACAUUUCUCAAUGCGAUCAACAGAGCAAACGACCAAAAACUUUUCCACCUUUAGCGCACACUAAGAAUUCACUUUACUUUAGCCAGGAACACCUGAAUAGCAUUCGACACCAGUGCAAGUUGCUGACGGUCUGGCCCUUCGACCUUUGUCUCACGUUCGAUCUACGGUGGCUUGGACAUCAUGGCAUUUUUUCAUGGUUCAGGCGCGGCAUGCAUGCAGCAAGUUGCCAGCAAGUCACAAUCUUCAGGAGAACGUUGCGCUGGUCUAGAUUGGCCAAAUGUUGCCGCGGCGGCACCGUAUAUCGAGCCGCUGUGCCAGGAUGAUGUAUUCUGGUUCCGUUCUCCAC